CGCAGCUAAUUAAGAGAGAGAGAGAGAUGGCGAGAGAUUUAGAGAAUGGGAAAGAGGAAAGGUUUGCAGGGAUAAAGGAGCCCUAUUUGGCUGCCUUGAGGGAAGACUGGGACGACAUGAAACGUUUCUUCGACAAUAAUCCCGGGCUCCUCCUUUCCCCUUUGACAAUUGAUAACGACACUGCGUUUCAUAUUGCAGCAUACAGUAAAGAAAAGGAACUGCUUGAACAUUUGGUUCAGCUACUACCAACCUCACCCUCUAGUUUGUUCGAAGCCUUAAACAAGACGAACAAACACGGUAAUAAUACUUUUCACGAGGUGGCCACGACUAACAGAGUUGACACUGCAGAAUUCUUGGUUAAGAAACUGCAGGCGGCUUCUGGUGCAGACGAAGCCUGUGGAAGCAGCAGACUAAAAGCGCUACUCGAGGAACGAACCCAACUUGGUGAAACCCCUCUAUAUAGGGCCGCUGCCUGCGGUCAGAUAAAAAUGGCCAAAUUUUUGGCUAAAAAAUUUGGGGAUUCAAAUUUAAGUUAUCACUUUCGCAGAAAGGACCAAGUGUCCACUCUCCAUAUUGCUGUCAUUGGCCAACACUUUGAUACCGCUAUAUGGUUACUAGGAAAACACAAGGAACUUGCCAAAAAAUUGGAAACAAAUAACCUGACGUGUCUUCACCUGCUAGCGAAAAUGCCAUCUGCUUUCCGGAGUUCAUCCCACAUUGGCAUUCUGAAGAAAAUCCUCUUUUAUUGGCUUCCGAGCCAGAUGGAGGAUAAAGACAGCGAUGAUGAUGAUGAUGAUGAUGCGGAUAAUGGUUGUGAUCUUAAAAAUUUUUACAAAGUUCCCAAUUGA